AUGGCCGGGUCAUCAGGUGGCGAACGGCGGACCUUUGACUUUUCCGAGUCCGAAUACGAAGACGACUCGGAAGAAAAUGUUUUGGAGACUGUGGAGAAAGUGCGCCCAGAAAAGCAAGCUCUUCCUGAUGCAGAGGAAAUUCAUCACAACGUUGCGCGAGCAAGCUCGGCGAAAGAACUACCUGAGGAUCCAGUGGAAGAUGUCUACUCGAUAGAGUAUGUGAUUGAAGAUCACGGUGAGGCUGACAAAGUGCAGGACGCUGAUUCACCAACUACCGGUAAGCCCAAAAAGUCUCGUAUGGUGUGCAAGGAGUGUGGGACGUCUUUCCCCCGUCGAGAGAUGUUCUACCUUCACCGCCACUAUCACGCACACAAGGAUGAACUCGUUCCCCUCACCUGUAAAGAAUGUGGCCUUGCCUUUAAGGACCGCCGCAGCCUCAUUAAACACAAACAUGUGCAUAAAGAGGAGCCAAAGUAUGAGGAGGAAGCUGCUUUUCAGUGUGCUGCGUGUGAGAGGUUUUUCCCUACGGCACAAAAACUUAGGCUCCACCAAUGUGACGAUACAGAUGACAAGCCUUAUCAUUGUACACUGUGCCGCAAAGAGUUCCUAGUAAAAUGUGCCGUCGCCAAGCACAUGCUAAACCACUCGCAAGAGGUCAGCUGGUCGUGCAAGGAGUGUGGUCGAAGCUUUCCGGACUACAGGACAUUGCGCUGCCACCAGCGAUGUCACCCUGUCCUUAAACCCUACGAAUGUCCGGAGUGCGGCAUGGCUUUCACACACAGCUCAGUCAUGGAAGCCCACCGGCGCAAGCACACCGAGCGACUGCGCUCUUUCCUGUGUCCUGUUUGCGGUAAGACCUUCAAGUACGGGAACCUCUUUCAAGAGCGUCAGAAUUUGCGCUUCAGCAAGAAGCCCUUCCGCUGUCCUGAAUGUGAGGGCUGGCUCCCACCCCCGCUGUGCAGCUCCCCUUUUCUCAACGCCAGCCCAGAGCCCAGCGGUCCUCAGCCGUCGCUCGGAGCACAACAUGGUCUUCUCGAAGCCCCGCCACGCGGCUCCUGGCUUGAAGAUGCCCUGUGA